UGAUAAGUGCUUUAUAAAUAAACUUUAUUGUUAUUAUUAUAUUAUUAUUAUAAGGCUCUGGGUCAACGUGCACAGGUUAUUUUGCCACCAGCGUUCUGUUGCCAGUAGCAACAGUCCUAUGCAGUUUUACCUUCAAUUAACCUUCAAUUUUUCAGUGAACAAAUGUCAAUGACCUAUGAAUGCCCUGGCUCAACUUUAAUCUGAUGAGUUCCCUACUUUAUGGUUUGCCUGUUGUUGUAGUUUGAGAUACUUAAUUUGUAAAUUGGUUUCCUUUAAUAUCUUGUAGACUUUUAACCAAACUAGAAACUAGCUAUUUGAGGCUUUGUGUUCUUUUCACUUUUAUUCGUUCACCCUGUGUGUUUCUUUAUCUUUCACUGGUGGGUUCCUAAUCUGGGAUAGGCUGCUUUAUACAUAAACCAGCAUAAUGUUUUCAGUAACAUUUGUGCCUUUUCUCAAUGACAAGUAACCAGAAAUAAACCUAAAAUACUGAUGGCAAAUACAGUACAGGAAAAACAGAAAUACUUUCAGCUGAAGGUCCAUCAAGUAGCCUAGCUAAAAUAAAGUACAGACGCACAGUGCAGGAGAUUGGAUACCUUUAGAAAAUGAUUGUGGGCCUACUCGAUUAUAUUGGGUAUCGGCACUAAUUUAAUGGAUAUUUCAUUCUUAAACAAUGUUAUCAAUAAUACCUUGUGAACAUUUAAGAUCUUUUGUUUUAUUUGAAAUCUUGAUCAUCAAAGCAACAAGUAACUAUCACAGUUUAUCAGUUGAUGUAGUGGUGUACAGGUGUAGUGGUUAAAGUGUGCAGUAGAAGAAUUAGAGUAAAUUAAAAUAAAUGGAAUAUUUAUUUCUUGGUAAACAGGAGUGGCAUUUCUACACAAGUUAGACAGAAGAUUAAAGGUAACAGCAGGAUGUGUAAUGUGAUAGGCUAUUGUGCUGACAUGAAGUUAAAAGAUAGUACUUCUUGUCUGGGUAUGGCUAUGUUGUUUACCUUUUAAUGUUUUUUAUACUGUGACUUUUUUAAUCACCCUCUCACUCUCUACAAGAAUCUCCUUUCCAUCCUCUCUCGCCGCUCUUCUCAUCUCUCUCUUCUUCUUUGUCAGGAGGUAAAAAGCCACCACACUUCCCACCACCAGCAAACUUAGGGCCAGAAUAACAAGUCCCAGUGAUAGUAGGUGAGAGAUUUCUACUCUGGACUGGUUCAGUUGGUCCCACAGCCCCACGGCUACACAGCUGAAGCCAAUGAUAGUCCCCCAUGAACCAAAGGCCAGCAUGCAGGAACCACAGGACAGCUCAGCACCCCCCGUCACCACAGUGAUGCCCGCCAAUGAGACGACUCCUCCUGGAGUGUGUUUUCCCCUGCCCUCCUUAUCCGUCACUGUCUUACUGUCGAGACUCAAUCCUCCAGCCAUCGCCUGCCCUCACAACACACAGCAUCCACAAACAGGAGAGCUCAAGCUGAGGAACAAAACAUUUUGAUCACAGAAGAAGCGCAGGUGGCAAAAGAGAAGAUAACAACUCAGGUGGCAAAGAUUUGCCAGUGAGUUUGUCGGAACUGACAUACUGCUAAAACACUUAAAGCAACUACAAUGGGGAAUUCCACCAGUAGCGCACUAUCAAAGGAGAUCCUGGAGGACCUGAAGCUCAGCACCAAAUUCACUGAGAAUGAGAUCAGCCAGUGGUACGAGAACUUUCAGAAGCAGUGCCCGACAGGCCGCAUAUCACCCGAAGAGUUUGAGCAGAUUUACACACGUUUCUUUCCUGAGAGCGAUGCCAAGAGCUACGCUCGACAUGUGUUUCGCUCCUUCGACACCAAUGACGACGGCACAUUGGACUUCAAGGAGUACAUCAUUGCGCUGCACAUGACCUCCACCGGGAAGACGACCCGAAAACUGGAGUGGGCCUUCUCGCUGUUUGAUGUCGACAAGAACGGAUACAUCAACAAGACAGAGGUGACGGAGAUCUGCCAGGCCAUAUUUAAGCUGAUCCCCAAGGAGGAGCAAAUCAAGUUACCGGAGGAUGAGAACACACCCGAGAAGAGAGCCAACAAGCUGUGGUCCUACUUCGAAAAGAAAGACAACGAGCGACUGGCUGAAGGAGAGUUCAUCAAAGGAGUGAUUGAAAACGAAAAUGCAAUGCGACUCAUUCACUACGAACCACUCAAACAAUAAAGUCAUUCCUGUUUUAUCCCCCUCUUCUUCUUUUUCUCUCGUUAGGCUGUUUCCUUUCUCUUAAGCCGCUGUUUUCUCCUCUUUCCCUUCUUCCUCUUUAAUCCACUCAACUCCUCUGUGUAAAUACUCGUUUCUGCAGUGUCUUGGUCGCAACUAACGUUUCAGUAAGUUUCGUUCCUGUCAUGUUAUUGUUUAACUAAUGUUUGUCAAUCAUCAUGCUAGUCAUAGCGUAGUGUUUUAACUGGUCCAGCUAAAGAAGAGUAAUGGUGUCUAUAUUGAGGCAAUACAUAAACUAUAUGUAUCUGGAGUUUUUAUGAUAAAUAUUGUCUUAUUAACUACAUUUGGAAUGAUUAAAAGGAAUUUGGGCUGUGAAGGAACAAACAGUUUGACAAGUAUUAAACAGCUUGUUAGGGGUUUUUUUUACAGAAACUUGACAUUUCAUAAUAGAGAAGUAGCUGGAAAGUGUUGAACUUUAUUCACUUUACAAUAAAUAAAAGGAUUUCUCAUACA